AUGUUUCUCGGUCCCAUGAAGAAUGGCGUACCAUGGGGCCAUCGCUGGCGGUCGUCUGAUACCUUCAUUGUCAGCACGAUGAGCCUGGCGAUGUUCACUGAUGAUCUGCUUUUUGCAUUCAUGAUACCUCUAUUACCCACGAUUCUAGAGGAUAGAAUCGGCCUAGACCCAAGCCUUACGCAGCGAUACACCUCGAUAUUCCUUACAGAGGGAGCGCUCGUUUCAAUUAUAUCGAGCCCAUUUAUCGGGGCGCUGUCAGACGCGGUCUCCAGUAAAAAGCUGCUUUUACUGGGUCUCCUUGUGCUGACCUUGAUAACUACUGCCUGCCUGUCACUCACAGUUCAGUUGCCGUGGCUAUUUAUCGGUCGCUUCUUCCAAUCAAUCACCAGCAAUUCCCUAUGGAUCGUGGGCAUGGCAACUAUGGUCGAGAAUCUUGGGUCAGAACACAUCGGCAAGAUAGGCGGCCUGGUCACCACGCUUCAAUCCACCGGAACCACCGCGGGGCCAUUUCUCGCGGGCCUGUUGUUCGAAGUGGGAGGGUACUGGUGUGCGUGGGCGGCUGCGGGAGCAUUCCUUUUGGUGGACAUAACUAUGCGUCUCCUCAUGGUCGAAAAGUCUUCCGGUUCUCCCGCAACUGUAGAGGACAGAGUACGGGAUCGUCUUCUCCAGGACGACACCUCUACACUGGACAGUGACCAGUCUGAUGAUCGGGUUUCGUCGGACCUGCGCAGUUGGCGAUUCCAUGCCUACAUGUUCCGUCAAUCGCGCUUCGCUGCGGGAAUCUUCUGUGCGUUCGUUUUUGCCGUGAUAAUUGGGAGUUUGGAAAGUACCAUCUCAGUACAUGUGAGAAUUGCGUUUGGAUGGAGAGCUUUUCAUAUCGGAAUACUGUUGGCAAUGCUUCAGGGGCCCGGCAUACUACUGGGAUCAUCAGUAGGUUGGAUGAAAGACCGCAUCGGCUCACGAUUUCCAACCGCAGUGGGAUUGUUGGGAAUGGCGCCUUUAAUUACGCUUCUGGGAAUCCCCGGCGACAAACUGUUUCCAUGGGUGGAAGAUGCGCCCUGGGUGAAGAUUGCCUUCAUGGUUUGCAUAGCAAUGAUGGGAUGUCUAUUAUCUCUCCAGAGUGGGCUUGGUUCUGUAGAGGCAGCUGACACGAUCAACGCCAUCGAGGAACGCGAGCCUGGUAAAUUCGGUCCUCACGGAGGCUAUGCGCGCGCUCUGGCGGUGAUCAAUAUGACCUGGAUGGCUGGACUUAUGACCGGCCCCGUUUUGGGAGGACUUCUAGUGGAGACGGCUGGGUAUUUUGUUCUGCAUUGCUGCCUUGGGGUCUUAAGCUUUAUGGCAGGAUGUGUCGCUCUGCUUUUCCUGCGCUCUGUUCCAUAUUCAUCUCCUGAGAACUAA